AUGGAUUCAAAAUCUCGAAUUGCGCAAGAAAAGCUUGCUGGGCUGGAGAAAGCAUCGGCACCGUUCGAGGAACAAAUUCGUGAAGCUGGAAAAUUUGUUGAUAUUGAUUUGGAUAAGGUCGCUACUGUUCUGGAUAAUCAAAAAUACGAAGAGAAAGUCUUCAAGAAGAAGUGUGCGGCAGGCUCGUUUCAUGGAAGAGAGGAAUGGCUUCUACGGUGGCUUUUGAAGAAAUUGCAGUCUCCCAAGGAUAAAACUGCCAGAACCACGCCGUCAUCAUGGCACCUGUUCCGUUUAUUGUUGAAUGCGAUUCCGCUAGCGAAUACUGCACGCAUGCUCACCGAAAAAAAGUUUAUCGUAACCCUACAACAGACAUUACAGGAAGCACAAGAGAUCAGCGACAUUGACGAAUCUAGCAUAGAGGCACACAAUGAUUCACCUUCAGGGUCGGACUCAGGGGAAACAUCGAUUAUCUCGAAGAAGCGCAAACGGACCGGGGAACUAGUCACCCAUACGUAUCAUGGUCCUGCCAAGGGCCUUCGAGCUUUAGUUAUGGCGAUUCACGCUGCUAUCAAUAGUAUCGUUCGAUCUACCAAAGUCUCUUCCUCCCAAAGAACAGCAGGGAAUGGCAGAAGUCCAGCCUUUACCACGGAGUAUAUGCGAGCGGUCGUACGAACCACGCCUGAAGCGUCCGCCAUGGUUCUAGGUUCCUGGAUGUCUCUUUGCCAGAUGGUUUUAAGUCAAAGAGCUGGUCUGGUUAUAUCGUCCCAAUUGAUGUCCCCAUUUGUCGACAUCUGGGACUACCGCGUGGCAGGAACUGAAGAUCUUAUGCAAUUUUCUCUUCACUGCUCAGAACCCUUACUAGCGUUGUUAAAAGUGACGAAGGUAGAUUCAGCCACACAGGAUUGGAAGGAUAUUUUGGAGAAAUUGAUUGCUCGAAAUAUCAUCAUUCCUUCAAAAGCGAGCGCCGGAGAAAAGCAAGAUUCUACGUUGUUACAGAGUUUGACGAGAGUCCUAGUUCUGCAAGAUGUCGCAAAUGCGCCUAUUCUUUUUGACAUUGCGAUUCGGUCUUUGCAGUCUAAUGGAGACCGCCGAAGACGACCAUCAGAUAAUGCCUGGCUUCAGACAGUAUUCACAACAUUAAAAGCUGCCAUGCCCCCAACUAAAACAGCAGCGCAUAAUUCUGCCAUUCGCGAAAUACUUCAGCGCUCCAUUCAACACGAAGUGGAUCUCGGCCUCCCAGAACUCAAAAGUUUAACGGCGGAGUAUGUUAUACCUGAGGGAAGCACGGAUUGGUACCUUCUAGAAACAGUGAUGAAACUCGAUGCCAAUGUCUUCCUCAUCGCCGAUAGCGACACGAAUCUAUUGAACGAUGUAUUGGAGCGAGUUACUAACGUCUAUUUCGAAUCUACAUGGCCCGAUCAAUCUCGACAUAUUGUAUCCGAGAUUGUCGUUCCUUUGAUGGAUGAAUUUGCCAAAGCUCGUGAUCUCUCUGGAUUUGUGCGCCACUGGUACUCUCAGCUUGUUAAUUUUGAGCAAACACGAAAUGAAGAUGCAAUGUUCCCGGCGGAUACCUUUUGUGCUUGGGAGGAUGAAGCCCUACAGAUCGAGCUUUCUAAGCUUUUGGAAAGUUCCUUAACUGUUCAACAAAUAGUACAUUUAGUUGAUUGGCUAGCCAUCGAGAUCGUAAACCAACCUAACGCUGUUGUUACCAUUCUUGAAGCUAUUGCGAAUUCAAUUUCCAGAGAAGAUGUCGUAGAUAUCAUCGGAACACGUUUGUACCAUGUCACCUUUGAUAACGGGAAUCUUGGCAAAUUGAAUGACAGAUAUAGCUGGCGAGCUUGGAGGGUUUUGACUCGAUCCUUCAAUUGGAUGCAACCUCUUCAUCUGGAAGAAAUUGCUGAAUUAUGGGAGCAGCAAGCGAGCCCUUUUACCAUAUUUUCGGCCCAUACUUUCGGUCAGAAAGGAUUGGAUAAUUUGGAAAUCUUUCGAUGUGCAUGCUCAGCAUGGAAUGCGGCCGAAGUUGGAACUAAAUUGGAAAGUCUUUCAUCACCAGUGGUUUUGCGUUGUCUUGAACAACUAGGUCCUUCUAUUGGUGCUUUGAUUGAUCAAAAAGUGACAAAUACUGAAAAGUGGCCUAUUCGCCUCAACACAUUAUCACGAGGCGCCCAAUGGACUGCAUGGUCAUUUUACAGUUGCCUCUUUCAAGAAUAUCCCCGUGUUCUAGAACUUGGCAUAAAGUUACAAGACAAUGCAUUCGAUUUGCUGUUAAGAAAUAUCCUCUGGAUAGCUUCUUUGACUAAGGACGCUACAACUGAGCAUGUAUGGAAUUAUGAAGCAUUCGCCUCUUUGUGGUUCGGAGUUUUGCGUCAAGAUUGUGUACUCAACCAUUCUAGCAUCAUAAGUCGAUUUAUCGAUGUCCUACUGAGCUGUCAAACUCAAGAAGAAAAUCCUCUCACUGCUACUCUUACAUGUAAUUAUGCUGUCAUCGAAUCUCUAACAAGACUUCCAUUGGAAGUGAUGAGCAAGAAGUACAGAGAACGGAUUAUGCAGAGUUGGUCAACAGAUAUCUUGGCACAGUCCCCUGAGUGUUAUCCCGCUGUGCUAGCAUUGAAACUGAAGAUCAUGCAUCGCCCUACAUUUCACACAGGCAUGAAAUACAAGGAUUUCGAAGAGAUUGAGAAAUUAAUCAAGAAAGUCGGGUUCGAGGAGAUGCCUAAGCGAUUGGAAACUCUUAUUACACUGAGAGAGCUUGUUAAGUUGACUUUGUCACAUGUGACUAGUAACUUGGAUCAGUCUCAAAAUCGCAAUUACAUCUUAGAUGCCAUAAGUUGUUUCCAAGAUAAACUCUCGAAAUUUACUGGCGACGAGAAGAAGACCAAGGGCGAGAAGACUUUGCCUUUCAUUUCCACAUCACACUCAUUACUUACUGUUCUUACAACUAAAUCGAAGCAACUUAAUGAUCUAGCUAUUGUCAGCAACCAAGAUUUGACUAACCAUUGCACAUCCUUCAGAGAAUUUCUCCUCGUUCAACUGCAAAGGCGACUGAAAAAGAAACCUAAGAUAGAUGAGGUUGGGAAUCAUAAAGAUGGCUCAUUGUCAGUUGUUGUUAUUCUUCAGGCUCUGGAAUCUCUGGGCGUGGAAUCAUCAGAGAUUGAACCUCUCGCAACAGAAGGUCAACUAUAUAUUGCCAAGCUGAAUGAAGGAAAACCAGAAGUGGAUGAUGUACGCCAACUGUUGCCGGAAUUCUUUGCUACUCAUGCGUCGAGCAACGAAGAUGGAAUCCUGCAUAUGUCUUUAGAGGCUUUUAUUAAUACAUCUGCCGGUAGGGCUGGCAUAAAGAAAAAGAUGGAGACAAUUAUCUCAGAAAUGGACAACGCGGAAAAAUUACAGCUGGUUCAGCGUUUAGUGGGCGAAGAACUGAUUGGUUUGACUCAACUGGACAAGUUGGUAGCUGUCAAAUAUGUUAUUUGCGCCUGCGAUAAUAUCGGACACGAGCCUGUUGAUGCAAAUAAUUCCCAAGGAUCAAUGGAUCUUUGUCUAGCAUACGAGCUGUUUUGCUCGCAGAUUAUCAAGACCAAUUCAUAUCGAGUAUUUGCUUUGCUAGGGGAAAUUAUGGAGAUGAUGUUGAAAACAAAACGUCGUGCUCUCUCCCAAUGGUCUAUUGAUCGUACUCUUGCAAUAGUUGCGAUAAUAUGCUCUAGCAAAGGACCUUCUCUUCCCACUUCACAAGCGAGCAAUAUCUUCAUUCGUCUGUGUACGUUAAUGAAGGUCGUUCUUACUAACCACCGCUUCCGUCUUGAGGGCCAUCUUCAUUCUGUCAUCCAAGUUCUACAACCUCUUCUCCGCUGCCUCUUUACAGCUCACUCGCACACCUCUAAGAGACUUCUUCAGGCAUUUACCCCGCCUCCCUGGCUCCCACAUUUUCAACCAGGUAUCACUUCAUCUUCCUCGAAUACUCUCUCCCCAAUAGCUGCCGAAUCUUUUACUCGUCUUCUCACCCUGAUCUGCGACCCUACACCUAAUUCCAUUUCUCAUUCAUCCGUGAAUAAUCUCACAUCUGCUGUCGCCAAAGCCAAAAAGAUCGCCGGCCAGCAUAUGCACAUCAUACUUCAGACAUACAUAAAAUUCAACCUCGAAAUGACAAUGAAGUCAGAGGUUAGAACUGUUAUGACACCUGGGCUGUAUGCAAUAUUUGGAUGUACAGAUAUGGAAGGUCGCAAGGCUGUGGUUGAUGGGCUGGAUUCCAGUGCUAGAGCAGUUUGGGGAACUUUGUAUAGAGAUUGGGCUCGAUUCGGAAAAUGGAAGGGUGCUUAA